AGAAGAUACUAUAAACCAGACUGUAGCUGUUUUAAAAACACUUGUGUUCAUUUCACUCUUUGGAUCUGAUGGUGACUUUAGCCCCGUGAUUGUCGGAUUAAAUUCCCAUCAUCGCUGCUGCUUCAAUCCUCAUGUGGUUCCUCAGCACGCGCUCAUUUCUCUGAAGCCGCUCCUCGGAUCCCUCUGUCGGCACAAUGACUCGGAUUUUCUGGGAUGCCAUAUUCCUAAUAAGCGGUUCCUUCUUCUCAUUUGGAGCAGGGCCCAGCGGUUCAUCUGUAAUUGAAGGCAAUAUUUCUAUUACCUCUGCUCCAGGCACAUCCAGUCACAGCUCUAUGGUUAUCAGUGACAAAGGCAAUACUACAGCUAACUUUCUUACAGUAAAAAGUUCUCUUGAUUCAUCAGAAGCGGAGCAAAGAAAUACAACAGUAAAAAUUUUUACAGCUACUCUUAAUUCCUCUGCUGCUGUUACUUAUAUGACAAGCAGCUCCUCGGCGACCAGCAGCACAAGUUUGACAACCAGAAAACCUGCUGCAACGACCAGCAAACAUCCAGUUAAAAAGUUUGUGGCUGCGGCUGUUCGCUCUCAUUUCAGCGACUGUCCUGACUCCCAUCAGCAUUUCUGCUUUCAUGGCACUUGCCGCUUCCUGAUUCUGGAGGAGACGCCUGCAUGUGUGUGUCAUCCAGGAUUUGUUGGGAUGAGGUGUGAACAUGCAGACCUGCUCGCUGUGGUAGCAACAAACCACAGAAAGCAGGCCGUGGCCACAGCUCUGGUCCUGUGUGUGAUCGGCUGUGUCCUCAUCAUGGUGUUGUGUUCUUUCUUGCACUGCUGGUGGAGGGAGGACUGCCGGAGGCAGAGCCGAUCACAUCUCUAUCUGGCAGAAAAGCACGGAGUGGCAUGCUAUCCCCCUGAGAGUGGUACUUAUCCCUCUUUCUUUAUGUGGUUUGACAAGACAUCUUGCUGAAGAACCGUUUGAAACGUGCAUUUCUCGUCUGCAUGGCGCCUCUGACUUCGGAGAUUCAUCUCAAUCAAUCCAGAACAUCAAAGGCAACAUGCUGUUUUAUUUAAUGUUACUAAACUAGGGAUUUUUCACAUUGGAGAAGAGUUGCUCUGGUAUAUGUAUACACUCCCCUACAUCUGCUUACAAUGACUGGGCCUUUCAGACUGCAAAAGACAGAUGCGUUCAUUUUACCCUUACCCUGAAAUACGCUCAGAUCCCCAACAGUCUAUCUGCAUCUUAAACCAUGCAUGGAAAAGAGCUCCAUGUACUGAUCACUGCUUUGGAUGACCUAGAGGACAUCAUCUUCACUGACUCUGCUGAUUAGCCAACCAUUUUUAAAGGUGGACGGCAAUGAGUUCUCAUAAUUCAGAGGACCGCAGUUCCUAUUUUUUUUUUUCCUUUUAUCAUCUGUGCACGUUUUCCUUCAGAACUUGUUAAGCACGAACAACAUUUUUAGUAACCGAUGGUGCAGGAAAAAUGAUGCUUUAAUCAUGUUUUAGUGUCUUUUGUUUUUUAUAGGAGGAACUCACUUUACCAGAUAGAAGUAGGAAUUGUCUAACUGGUCUGAAUGAUGUCUAAUUUCCUGGACUCUAACUUUUAUAAACGAAUAACACAACUGAAAAAUGUUCUUAUGUAACCUGAAGGAAACUAGAUUUUUUUUUUUCAACAUUUCAGAGGUUAUCAGUUUAUUGUAAUUCCUAAGCUGCGCUUGAACAUAUUCUGUUUUUUUUUUUUGGUUGGGAGCUGUAACUGUACCAUUAUGUUAAUCCUGGGAGGCCACUUUUUUAUCCUAAGCUGCUUUUAUAAAGGUGUACUUUUAAGUUUGCCUUUUUAUAAACUUUACACCCUGCACAUUGUUGUCCUUUAAAAUAGCAUCGAGGUGUGGAGAUGCCAAAAAAAAAAACGCUAACUGCCUGAAUGAGCACUAAUGGGAAGACACACUAUUUAUUCACAUUGUCUUAGGAUGCAUACGUGUAUAAAGUGGAAACAACAACAUCAAAAUUAUUACUGUUACAGCUUUUGUUCUACUUUGACUUUACUACUUUUUUUUUUUUUUUUUUAAAAGCCUCUGAAUGCUUGAAGAAAUCUUUAAAGGAAUUGAUAUCGGCAUACCUGAAUAUAUAUUUUUGUGUAAGAAAAAAAAAAGUGUUCAAUAAAUAUUGGGUAUUUGAUUGCCAAAAGAAAUCUAAAAAAAAUGAUAAAGUUGUUUUUCUUUGAAAGAUCUGAACUAUAUUUUGUUCUAUAUUAGUAAAAUCCUCUGAAAUUUACUGUACCCUUGUGGUCAGAUUUUUGUUAUGGCUGAAAAGCUACACUUAUUUGUUUGCUUUCCAAUGAAAGAUUAAAUAUGAAAAUGUUUUUCUUGUUUAUUUUAUAUAAGUGCAGUGGAUUUCAAAAGUACACACACCUUGAGAAAAACAAAACGAUCCUCUUUUUUUGGGGGGUUCAAAAUAUAAUUUCCUGGUUUGUUAGACUCAUUACCCAGUUAGUUUAGGCAGAUGGUAUCCAUGACUGGAUGUUGUCUUUGAUAGAAAAAUCUGUCUAGUAACUCUGGUGGGGCCCAAGGGAUCGUAGUUCUUUCAAUAAUGCUGUUUGUGAAAUUGUCUUCUUCAUUUUGCAGACUUUUUGUAACUUUCAUAUUCUCCCACAUUUUCUCCACUUACUAAUGGCAGGUUUCACUGUGGUUGUAUAAUUCGGCAGAAUCUCUUCUAAUCUUGUCCUGACUUAAAUAUUUAUACAAUGAAUUUCUCUCUACAAAGGAUGAGUCAAAGGAUGCAAAUGUUUGGAAUUCCUCUGAGAGCUUCACCUUAUCUCUGGUAAAUUAGAGUCACUGCAGCUAAAGAUUAAAUAAAGUUAUUCUGAAGUUUAAGGGAUUGCACAAAACCAGCUAUUGAAGAUUUUUUUUAAAAUAUAUUUGUCAAAGUAAUUUGGUUUUCUACU